UGCACAGCAGAGGGGAGCGGCGGCGCGCAGAGAGCAGGGCUCACUCGCCGCCAUGGCGGCCCCUCUCGGCACCGCCGCCCAGGCCGACGACACCGGCGACGAAAAGCAGGACACGCAGGAGAAGGAAGCCGUGGCCCCGGAGCGAGCGGAAGAGGCGAAGCUGAAGGCCAAAUACCCCAACCUUGGCCAGCGGCCUGGCGGGUCUGACUUUCUCAUGAAGAGGCUGCAGAAAGGGCAAAAAUACUUUGACUCCGGGGACUACAACAUGGCCAAGGCAAAGAUGAAGAACAAGCAGCUGCCAAGCACGGGGCCAGACAAGAACUUGGUGACRGGAGACCAUAUCCCCACGCCGCAGGACCUCCCGCAGAGGAAAUCCUCACUUGUCACCAGCAAGCUUGCGGGGUAAUCUGCACCCGGAGGUGUUUCUUCUUGCCUUUUUUUUUUUCUUCCCCUCCCUCCCUAUUUUCUUUGUUCUUUUGGUUAAACUGAUUGGACUUCACUGUACCGUAGGGCUGGGGUCACCCCAAUGCCCCACAGUAAUUGGAAUUGGCAGCAAGUGUGCGCCAGCUGUGUGGCGCUCAUUGGGCCAAACGGGGAUUUGCAGAGGCAAAAGGUGUCACACGGGGCUCCACACCAGGUGCUGUGUGGGGUGCAGAGCUUUGGAAGGGAAGUGUUAGUGAACGUGUCCAAUGCGGUACCUCGGAUGCUCCCGUGUCCCUGUUGUGCUGGGAUGCAUGGGAGGAAAGCUGCUCUGCAGGGAGCGAGGUGGGAAAAUCCAGCAGGAGAGGASGAAAGCAGUGGAGCUGAGGAAGAACAGUGGAGAGGAGCCUUUGUGACCGCACAGCGUAGCCAGGCCUGGGGUUUCUUCCUUUUUUCUCUUCCUUUUUCCUCCCACGUGUGCUUUGUUUCAGGUGUGACAAAAUAACAAAGGGGUCGAAUGGGCCUCCUUCCAGAGGCUUGCGGGGAUGGGGUUCCCACCACCUCUGCUAGCAGCUCUUGGGGUGCCAGUACAGGAGUGGGCUCUGCUUUUGGGGGAGUGAUGCCCUGACCGUGGCUCUCAUGACRAGUGUUUUUGGCGUCACUUCCUGCCGCUUCCCUGCCCCUUUCCAACCAGGAAAAGAGGUGAUGCUUCCUGGGGGGUUGCUGCGAGUGCUCAAAUGUUGCCUUUGGGGAGUGCAGGGCAGGCGAGCUGAGCCCUGACACACUCGCUGCACCCAUGUCACGGGCAGAGGGUUCACUUUGGAAGCCUGGAACGAGGUGCUGGCUCCAGCCUGUGAUUCCGCUCACUGAGGAGAGUAAAGAAGCUGGGAUUAGCGGGACCAGGGCUCCCCACUGUCUCUCUCCUGCCCUUCCUGCCCGGCUGCAGACAGCGUCUGCACAACCCCCCUCGGCACGUUCUGUUCUGUCCCAGACGUGUU